AUGGAGCCUGUGCCACCAACAGGACCUGUCGAGUUGGCAUCUCUGCCGAACGAAAUCCUUCUCUCCAUUGCCGAUUACCUAGACGAGCCCUGCAUCGGUAGCCUUGCCAGCGCAAACAGUCACCUCAACACCGUCUUUACCCCGUAUCUAUACGCACGCAACGUGAAGCGCAGCGGUGCCUCCGCUCUUUGGUGGGCUAUUAAACGCGGCGAAAGGGCAACUGCGCAGAAAUCCUUAGAUGCCGGUGCUGAUCUUGACGCACAACCCCCUCUCAAAUAUCGAGACCCCUUCUCUGCUGGCCACUUUGCUGCUUACCUUGCUACGCGGUGGCUGGGCCCCUCACUAACGCGUCGAGGAAUUGACAAGGGUGAAGAGCAAAAGCGCGCUGACCUUCUUCUGUUCUUAAUUGACAAUGGAAUGAGCGUCGACGCAAAAUGCGGCAACGAUGCAUCGACCGUAGUUCAACAUGCGGCCAGGGUCGGAAAUGAUGAGCUUGUUUUCCGUUUGAUCGACAAGGGUGCAGAUAUCAAUGUCAUAUCCUCCCUCAAGCAGACGCUGUUGCAUGACGCUGCUAAGUUAUGUAAAGCAGAACUAAUCAGCCUCCUCAUCAAUCGGGGUCUUGACAUCCAUGCUCGAGAUGGCGGAGGUUUCACUCCUUUGCAUCAGGCGGCGCUUGGAAAAAAUGAAGCGACAGUCCGCACACUCAUUGAACGUGGAGCUGAUAUCAACUGUACCUCCAAUGAUGGCGCGUCUCCCUUGCUGCUCGCCGCUGCCGUCCGUCAUAGUGGUCCCGUUAUCGAACUGCUCGUUCGCAAUGGAGCCGAUGUCAACCAUCGAGCUCACAACCAGGCCACUCCGUUGCAUAUAGCAACUGACAAGGGCUAUUUGGAAGUCGUGCUUGCGUUAGUCGAACAUGGAGCGAACGUUGACGUGGCCCAGCAUGACGGAAAUACACCACUCCACUUCAUGCUGCGGCUUCCACAUUCUGAAGCGAAUCUCGAACUGAUCAAGCUUCUAAUCAAAAAAGGAGCAGACGUAAAUAGUCAGAAUAAUAGAGGGGCCUCCCCGCUGCAUACUGCGGCCGCCACUAUGUACUUGGAUGCCGUCAGACUGCUGGUUGAACAUGGGGCCGCCGUCAAUAAGCAGGAUGCGCUCGGGUUUACUGCCCUCCACUUUGCUGGGACUGGGACAGAGAUCAGAAGGGAUCUGGCGACCAUACUGCUGGAAAACGGGGCAGACAUGAGAUUGAAGAAUAAUAGUGGAUUUCAGGCCCUAAACGCAUCACUUUGGCAGUCACGGGAUGAUAAUGAGUGGAUCGAAAAGGCACUCGCAAAGUUUGGGGGGAAUGAUCAGGAGGCUAAUGCUGAGAAUUGA